AUAAUAUGGGUAUCAAAUGGCUUUCAAAAAUGUAUAUUCGAAUUCAUUUGUUACUUCUCUGAAGACGUACGUGCCAGUUUUCUUAUGAAAUCGUGAUUUUGGAGUGAAAAUCUUCAAAAGCUGCACAAUGUCAGAGGAACAGGGCCCUUUAAUUCUAUGCAUGGAGAAUGCUGCCGGUGAAGAGAUAUCUCUGCGAAUAGAACCAGAAGAUGACUUCCGGACUUUCCUGGACAAAGCCAAAUCAAUUCUUGGCUUUGAUAUCGACAUAAACUCAAUUACACGGAACCAACCAGUUUCUUUAGACGACAACAUAUAUCAAUUCCUCAUAAACACCGACCAGGUUGAAACUGAACUGGAUUUGUCGGAAAAUCUCGACGCAGCAUUGGAACGAGAUGAUUUAGUUUACAUUCUAGACGACGGUACACAAAUAAGAGCUUCACAGAUACAUUUUGAUAACGAAGAUCCCCAUGUAGAUUUAACAGCUGAAAAAAUACCAUUCGUCAAAUAUGCUGAUAGUGUUUCUGAUGAAUUAGAUUCAGAGAAUGUUAAGGAAGAAGACACCAGGAAGUAUAACAUUGUUGAAAGUCCCGUAUCACGAUGGCCUAGUCAAAGUUCCAGUCCCAAAAGCUUUGUCAAUCGUCUACCUUUUAAAUUAGUUUGUAACAAUACCUCCAGCUUUGAAGCACAAUUCAAUAAAUAUCUAGAAACUAAUUCUAAAACAUACGCAACUUUGAACCCUGCUAUUAAUAGAACUAAGUCUCCACGAAGUGUAAUAAGUGAGAAUUAUAAGAAGUACGAUGAAAAUUUUAAUAAAAAUGAUGACGUUGUAUUCACUAGAGAAGCGGUCCUUAAUAUGUUUAAAGAUUCUCCUGUUGCAUCAUUACCUUAUGAGAGCAAUGUAUUAGACAAAAGAAAGCAUGUAAGAAAAACUGAUCCUUCGAGGCUUGUACACAAGUCUUGGAAUCCUAAACCGUAUGAUGAUGUAGUUGUUAUAGCAGACAAUGAGAAUAGAGAUUGUUUCAUUUGUGGAAAAUAUGUAGAGACAGAUAAAUUAUAUUUAUUUGAUAAAGAAGAUCAAAAAAUACAUAGAUCUUCACCGCAAAGAAAAACAUCCACACAAUUAAAGAUUAUAUGUGAAAUUUGUUUAGGUAAAAAUUUCAAGCCGUGUCGAAUGAAAGGACCUAACCAGUAUUUGAGUUCUGACGAAUAUUUAGUAAUUAAAAAUAAUCAGCAGUAUAUAUUUCAGAAAACCAAUGAUUUCACUUAUAACCGUGGAUUGUCAGUGAACGACUCCAUAGAUUUCAAUGCACCUGUAUCGAAAGAUAAUGAAAAUAUGGAAUUUGUAAAAGUUGAAAUAGGAUCUGAUGGUGAAAUUAUAACUAAACCCAUAGACAAUGACCUGGACUCAUCAGAUGAUGUAAUUGUAGUUAAAGACGAUGGUAAAGAUGAUAGUUCGAGCGGCGUUGAGAUCAUAGAGCCACAGGAAAUAGACGACAUUGUCAUUGAUAAUUUGGAUGAAGCUGACGAACGGGUUAAGGAGUUUUUGGGGAAAUAUCAUUGCGACGAGAAUGCAGAGUCGAGUGAAUUGAAGUGCCGAUUCUGCAUGAAAAUAUUCGCAACAAUUACAGAGGUGACAGAACAUAAUGAGUUGCAUAAAUAUGAAUACGAAGAUGGAGUUGUUUAUCCUUGCCCGUUAUGUGAUUAUGGAUAUGCUAAUGUCAAAUGGCUCAGAGGUCAUCUGAAAGCUGCCCAUGAAAAGAGAGAGAAAGAUGUGAAUAAAGACAGCACUGGAAAUGAAGGUACGUAAAUAGGAGAAGACAUUAAGUCAAAAUCAGCAUCACCAAUUGCAAAGAGAACUAGAAGUGCUAUUAAAAAGAGUGACGGUGAUGAAAAACCGACGGAAAAUUCCGAGAUUGAAGAAAUAAAGCAAACAGAAUUGAAUCACGCAUCGCCCGACUGUGGCCAGCUGACGACCACAGUGAAGGUGGAAGUAAAGCAGGAGCGACAGGAAAGCAGCGACGACGAGAUCUGGAUUGUACAGGCUACUGACGACGGCCUGCUCGACCAACUUCUGCAUACUGCCGAGGACAAAAAUAAAGAAAAUAAACCUUCGAAGAAAACCUUCAAAUGUAUUAACUGCAGCCAAACGUUCACAUCCGCCGAAGGCCUCUCCUCUCAUAAAUGCCGUCGACGAGGCAGGAAACCGAAGGCACAGAGCAAAGGCAAUAUCUUAUGCGUUCCUACAAAGGAAGAUUUUAUUAAAAGAGCACAAGGUAGACUGCGCCCUGUGGAGAGGCCGUCCAAUGAUUUAUUGGUAGAGAGACCUCGCAAAAGGAAGAGCAAGCAGCCAACGUCAGAUCCACAGAUUGUCACGUGUCACAAUUGCAAUGAGUCUUUCACCUCUAAAGUACGACUUAAGUUCCAUAUGCAAUUUCAUGAGGCAACAGGCAUGCUUUCCAACGGCAAGUAUUCAUGCCUGGAGUGCGCUAACGCCACCUUCAACACUGAGUCGGAGCUGUUCGAUCACGUGCACUUCCAACAUGACAAGCAGAAGCGCUGGCAGUGUCCUGUCGCUGGUUGUGGGAAGACUUUCUACCUCAGAGCAACACUAACAAAACACAGCCGCGUACAUACAGACACGCGGCGUUAUGUGUGCGUAACUUGCGGCAAGCGUUUCUUGGACAAGCAGACGUUGGACGAGCACGGCGUUACGCAUUUACAGAUCAAACCGUUCCAAUGUCACGUAUGCCUGAAGCAGCUGACGCGAAGAUCCCGUCUGAGGAUGCACCUCCGAGCUCAUGAGGAGGAGCUCACUCCCAAGCUGGUGCUGGUGUGUGCGGUGUGCAGCCGGGCCUUCAGGGACCAGCAGGAUGCUCAGGAACAUGCAAUAAGGUCCAGUGAAUGCAUACAAGAGUUUACCAACGAGCUGAAGGAAGAAGAGGACGUGCAGUUGUCACCGACCAGCGGACUUGUGCGGCAGGCUGUACAUGUUGCUGACUCUCCAAAACUAAAGAAACCAGUGCAACGUCAAGUGGAAGCCACCCUGGCUGAACCUCUGCUGGCCAGUUUAGCAGAUGAAGCACGCUCCAUUAUACGCGUCGUUGAGAUUGAGAAGGCUUUCCGAUGCGAGUAUUGUGAAGACAUAUUUUAUCUGGAAGAUGCCCUCAACAAGCACCGUUUGAUACAUAAAGGCGUGAAGAACCCGUUCACCUGUCACAUCUGCAAAGUUACCUUCGCCACUUAUUCCAGGUGUACAACCCAUAAAACAACCCAUGGGUUCUACAAGCGACCUCUAGCUGACGCCAAGAAGCAGGCCAAGUCUGAAGCCCUGGAAGCUGGACCUUCGGCUACCGGUAUUCUCGGUUACGGAGGAUUUCCGGUAGUCAAGCACUUUCUCUGUGAGGACUGCGGCCGGUCUUAUCUACACUGGACGUAUUUACAAGUGCAUCGACGUAUGAAACACGCCAACCAGAAUUUUAUGUACAAGUGCAGUCAGUGUGAAGUCACAUUUCCUAACAGUUGGAGUUUGGCUUAUCACAGAAAGAAAAUGCAUGGUAAAGAAGAUGGCAACAUUACGAAAAUCACAAAGGAAGAUUAUAGAAUUCCAUGCCGAGACUGCGACGAGGUGCUGCCAAACAAAACUGCACUUUAUAAACACAGGAAAAAGGAACACAGUGACAUGUCGCUUGGGAACGGGAAAUCCGAUACAUUCUGGUGUUCCCAGCAGUCUGAUAUGGCCAGGGGGUACGGGUGUCGUGAGUGUGGGCGGAACUUCCGGACAGCGUCGAUGAGGAACGAGCACUUCCGGAUACACACUGGAGAGAGACCUUACCCUUGCGACCUUUGCGGAGUCGCAUUCCGCAGGUCGACAGCAAUGCGCAACCAUAGACUAAUACAUACGGGAGUGCGUGCUUGGGCUUGCGGACGGUGCCCGAAGAGGUUCCGAAUACGUUCCGAUCUACGCACGCACGUCAGACUCAAGCAUCCGGCUUACUUGGCUGUUAUAGAGGUUGUGGGUUUGAAUCCGUCGCCGGAAGAGGUGAUGAACAAUAUCCCACAAGAGAAAGUGUUAAAAUGUCAAAAAUAUGUUGUAUUUUAAAUUGGUACACGAAGCCUGGUGCCGAGCAGUGCGCGCGCGCUCUCUCUGCUGGGUGGUGUUCCUCGAACGGUGACCUGCAGCCGGCCGCUACUACCGUACUCUGAAAGUCAGCCGGCUCGCCGUGGAAGGGGUAUAGCUAAGAACCCGAGAAGACCCAAGAUCCUGCAGCGCGGUGGUACACCCCCAUCGGAGCCCUGCAAGUACCCCAUGACGUUGGCAGUCACCGGCGAGGAUUUAACAGAAGCAGAUGUCCAACUGCUGUUGCGCGACGGUAUGCUGGUGAAUGGUAAUCAGAUGGUGCAGCUCGGUCUUGACGAUAACAUGCUCACAGAGUGAAGAUGACACAUAAUAUAUGGGAAUUAAGAAUAUAAAGAGGGCAGCACA